UUAAUCUCUCUCCCCCUCUCUCUCUCUCUCUCUCUCUCUUCUUUCCUUCUCUCUAAGUUUAGCUCUGUGUUUGGUGGUUUCAUUCAUAGUACAUACUAUACAGUAUACAUAUGUAGCUAUAUAUAUGUGUGUGUGUAUAUCAUCUUUUUCCUAUAGAAGUAGUAGUGGUAAAAAUAAAACAAAAAACCCUUUGUUUGGAUCUCUAUUUCUUGAAUAUAAUUAUUGGAUCUUUUUCUGAUAUAUAGAAGAAAGAGAUCUAAGGUGUUAAGAUUUGGCCUUGUUUGUGAACAUGGCAAAUCCAUGGUGGGCAGGCCAAGUAGGUUUAACGGGGAUUGAGACGUCAUCAUCGGCCGGCGGGUCGUCAGCGCUGAAGAAGCCAGAUCUGGGGAUAUCCAUGAACGACGGCGGGAGGGAUGAGGAAGACGAGAGGGAGAACAGCGACGAGCCGAGGGAGGGUGCAAUUGAAGUGGCGACGACGCGGCGGCCGAGGGGGCGGCCGCCGGGGUCGAAGAACAAGCCGAAGCCGCCUAUUUUCGUGACGAGGGACAGCCCUAACGCGCUGCGGAGCCACGUCAUGGAGGUGGCCAACGGCGCCGACGUGGCGGAGAGCAUAGCCCAGUUCGCCCGCCGCCGCCAGAGAGGCGUGUGCGUGCUGAGCGCCAGCGGCACCGUCACCAACGUAACCCUAAGGCAGCCCUCCGCCCCCGGGGCACUCAUGGCGUUGCACGGCCGCUUCGAGAUUCUCUCCUUGACCGGCGCGUUCCUCCCGGGCCCCGCGCCUCCGGGCUCCACCGGCCUCACCAUCUACCUGGCCGGAGGGCAAGGCGGAGUCGUGGGAGGAAGCGUGGUCGGGUCUCUCGUCGCCUCCGGCCCGGUCAUGGUCAUAGCAUCCACGUUUUCAAACGCAACAUAUGAAAGACUACCCCUGGAGGCUGAGGAGGAGGAAGCUGGUGGCGGGGCCGGUCAAGGUCAGCUCGGUGGCGGUGGAUCACCACCGGGUAUGGGAGGAGCACAAGGCGGCGCGGGCGGUGGAGGUGUGGGGGAUCCAUCCAUGGGAGUGUAUAAUUUGCCUCCAAAUAUGUUGCCAAAUGGUGGACAGUUGAACCAUGAUGCAUUUGCUUGGGCACAUGGCCGGCCUCCAUACUAGUGCUAAGAGGUUAGCUUAUUAUAAUAAUCACAAUAAAUAAUAAUAUUAAUAAUAAAUUAAUAAAUCAAUAAAUAAUAACUCAAAGGGAGUGAGAAAUAGAGAGAAGUGCAGCUUAGUUUUAAUUUCUUCACAUGAUAUGUUUGUAUGUGAUAAUUGAAAAAAGAAAAAAAGAAAAAAAGAGAGGGGAUGAAGAUAGGAAUUACUGUAAGCUUUUUAUUAUAUUAUGAUUAUGAUGUCUAUAAUUUAUCUUGGAUUUGGAUCCGACCUUAUAUAAUUCUCGAUCAGUUAGCACCUUUUUCUACCUCA